AUGUCCUGCCAAAAACUAUUACUCUUGGAACCUUUUGAAUACGACGAAGCCGCCAAUGGUCGAAGCACUCCACCCUUAGUGUUCACAGAAGAUGAAUGGGAUGACACGCCUGUGACUUCGCCAAGUACUACUGUCACUACCUCUUCCGAAAAUGAUCCGAAUAGCUUGUUUGGGGACCUGGAUUUGGUCGAGGUGUCCUUUAUUCCUCCUCCACCCCCACCUCCACAAAAAUCCUUUGUGGAUGAAAGCGCAACCGACAUCUUGUCCAUGUUGCUCUCACAAUUUGAUGCAGCAGCUGAUUCACAAUAUCUUGUCCACCAGUAA